UACUAAUCGACCUCCGUCUUUCUCACAGGUGUACUUUGGCACGUCCCACCCACGCUCCUACAUCUCAGCCAACGUGAUGGGUAUUAAGUGUGUGACAGGGAUGUCAUGUUUGAUGAGGAAAGAUAUCUUGGACCAGGCUGGAGGGCUCAUAACCUUCGCUCAGUACAUCGCCGAGGACUACUUUAUGGCGAAGGCCAUCGCUGACAGGGGAUGGAAAUUCUCCAUGGCAACGCAGGUAGCCAUGCAGAACUCCGGGUCCUAUUCAGUUGCUCAGUUCCAGUCCCGUAUGAUCAGGUGGGCCAAGCUUCGUAUCAACAUGCUCCCCGCCACCAUAUGUGAGCCCAUCUCAGAGUGUUUCGUAGCCAGCCUGAUCAUUGGCUGGGCCGCGCAUCACGUGUUCCACUGGGAUAUUAUGGUCUUCUUCAUGUGCCACUGUCUGGCGUGGUUCAUCUCUGACUACAUCCAGCUCCGAGGAGUUCAGGGCGGUGCGCCGGCCUUCUCCAAACUGGACUACGCUGUAGCCUGGUUCAUCAGAGAGUCCAUGACCAUCCAGAUCUUCCUGUCGGCCCUGUGGGACCCCACCAUCAGCUGGAGAACGGGGCGCUACAGGUUACGAUGUGGGGGUACGGCCGAGGAGAUCCUGGAUGUAUAGCUACCAGCUUAAGUCCACCUACAGGGACACAUGACCCGAGUCCAAUCACCCCCAGGGGCCAGAGACAAUACCAGACACAGACUGCUCAGCAUCCUAUAUAGUCAACUACUUUUGACCAGGGCCCACACUUGCUUUUAUGUUUCUGCUCUGGUUUAAGGUAGUGCACUAUAUAGGGAAUAGGGUUCCAUAGGGCUCUGGUCUAAAGUAGUGCACUAUAUAGGGAAUAGGGUUCCAUAGGGCUCUGGUCUAAAGUAGUGCACUAUAUAGGGAAUAGGGUGCCGUUUGGUAUACGGCCAGAGAGAGAUGGCAACAUUGAGUGGAAGAAAAUAAACAACCCGCUGUGCGCAUGACGAGAAGAAGGAAACUACCCGCUGUGGGCAUGACGGGUAGAAGGAAACUACCCGCUGUGGGCGUGACGGCGAGAAGGAAACUACCCGCUGUGGGCGUGAUGAGAAGAAGGAAACUACCCGCUGUGGGCGUGACGAGAAGAAGGAAACUACCCGCUGUGGGCGUGACGGCUAGAAGGAAACUACCCGCUGUGGGCGUGACGGCUAGAAGGAAACUACCCGCUGUGGAAGUGACGAGAAGAAGGAAACUACCCGCUGUGGGGGCGUGACGGCUAGAAGGAAACUACCCGCUGUGGGCGUGACGGCUAGAAGGAAACUACCCGCUGUGGAAGUGACGAGAAGAAGGAAACUACCCGCUGUGGGGGCGUGACGGCUAGAAGGAAACAACCCGCUGUGGGCGUGACGGCUAGAAGGAAACUACCCGCUGUGGGCGUGACGAGAAGAAGGAAACAACCCGCUGUGGGCGUGACGGCUAGAAGGAAACUACCCGCUGUGGGCGUGACGAGAAGAAGGAAACUACCCGCUGUGGGCGUGACGGCUAGAAGGAAACUACCCGCUGUGGGCGUGACGGCUAGAAGGAAACUACCCGCUGUGGGCGUGACGAGAAGAAGGAAACUACCCUUAUGGGCGUGGCGGGUAGAAAACGUCAUCUGGAAUUCAUCGUGUUUGAUGGUUUUUAACCUGUGUGUUGAAAUAUAUAAUUUAUUACUAAUUCUUUUUCUGUCUAUCAUCCAAACUGUUGAAAACCAAGAUCCUCCUGUCGUGAAGUGAGCGCUACGUCCCAAAUUACACCCUAUUCCUCAUUUAGUCUUGAUUCUAUACUCAUUUAAUAUUGUUUUAAUGUGAAAACUUAAGGUCCAAACCUAGGAAUUCUCUUCGUUCCAUUUUUUUGGGUUUAUUGGCCAGGUUUUCAAGCACCAUGGUCUUUCUGCUGUGAGGUUGCUGGCUAUUUUCAACAGACUGGAUGCGUCGCAAAUGGCUCCCUAUUCCCUGUGUAGUGUACACCCUAUUCCCUGUGUAGUGUACACCCUAUUCCCUGUGUAGUGUACACCCUAUUCCCUGUGUAGUGUACACCCUAUUCCCUGUGUAGUGUACACCCUAUGCCCUGUGUAGUGUACACCCUAUUCCCUGUGUAGUGUACACCCUAUUCCCUGUGUAGUGUACACCCUAUUCCCUGUGUAGUGUACACCCUAUGCCCUGUGUAGUGUACACCCUAUUCCCUGUGUAGUGUACACCCUAUUCCCUGUGUAGUGUACACCCUAUUCCCUGUGUAGUGUGUGGCGUUUGACUAAAGCCCACAGGGGUGUCAUUUGUGAUACAACCAUGGUCUUAACCAGGGGUAUUCAACUCUGACCCUACGAGGUUCAGAGCCUGCUGGUUCUCUGUUCUACCUGAUCAUUCAUUUCACCCACCUGGUGUCCCAGGUCUAAAUCAGGCCCUGAUUAGAGAGGAAUCACCCACCUGGUGUCCCAGGUCUAAAUCAGGCCCUGAUUAGAGGGGAAUCACCCACCUGGUGUCCCAGGUCUAAAUCAGGCCCUGAUUAGAGGGGAAUCACCCACCUGGUGUCCCAGGUCUAAAUCAGGCCCUGAUUACAGGGGAAACGAUGAAGAAGUGUGCUGGAACUGGCUUGGAGUUUCAGAGUUGAGUUUCGGCUGCUGGAUAGGCUGAUCUGAUCUAGUAAAAUCACUGUCUCCAGCUCCUGGAGCUGUAUUGGGUGUGCAGGCUUUUGUUUCAGCCCAGCACUAACACACUUUUUAGCCCAUGAUUAGCUGAAUUGGGGGUGUUAGUGCUGGGCUGAAACAAAAGCCUGCACCCCUCUGACCCUACAGUAUGAAGCUCCGUGUCUCUUUUCUCUCUCUGAACUAUGAGAAUCCUCUUGUUCUUAACGUUCCUCUGACUCGACACGCCUGCUCUGUCAGCGUUCUCUAUUGAAACAGAGGGCCCUGACUAUCUCGCUUUACUGGAGAAGGAAAAACGGCAAGAAUGCACUUAGUCAAAGGUUUUUGGAAAUGUUACUUUUUGUUGUUUUUGUUGGAAUAUGAUUAUCCAAAUUGUCCAUGUGUUUCAGUUUUCUGCCCCGAUUCAUUUCAUUAGUGUCACAUUGUCUAGUGUGGAAGUUCAAUAGCUGUAUGUCUGACCCAAAUAGCACCCUACCCCUAAAUACUAGACUACUUGUGACAAUUGCCUGCCAGGUGUCGACUCUGGGGUUGGGUAGAUGUGGGGGUGGGGGGUC